GAUAACAGGUAGCUCAUUGGAUAAGGCAUUUUUUUGUUCUUGGUGGAACCGAGACAUUUCGCACGUUGCUGGAACAAUGGUUUCCUCAGUUACUUCCUCUUUCCAAAUCAGCAAUUUGAAUUCUGUUUUCUUGGGUGAGAGGAAAAAAUUCAGAGUUUCAAGUGUUCCUGCUGUUCAUAUUGGUUUCUUUAGAAAGACUACAGAGUGUAAGGAAUCACGAAUUGGGAAGCAACCAGUUGCAGUGCCAUCCAAUGUUACAAUCAAAUUGGAAGGGCAGGAUAUACAAGUAAAAGGACCUUUAGGAGAACUUGCAUUAACUUAUCCUCGAGAAGUGACAGUUGAGAGGCAGGAGCCAGGGACUCUAAGAAUUAGAAAGACAGUCGAAACCAGAAGGGCCAAUCAAAUGCAUGGGCUUUUCCGGACGCUUACAGACAACUUGGUGGUUGGAGUAUCUAAAGGUUUUGAAAAGAAACUUCAACUUGUUGGUGUUGGGUAUCGUGCUAUGAUAGAAGGAAAUGAGUUAGUGCUGAAUCUUGGAUUUUCUCAUCCUGUUAAGAUGAAAAUCCCUGGUAGCCUCAAAGUGAAGGUGGAAGAAAACACCAGAAUCACAGUUAGUGGAUAUGACAAGUCUGAGAUUGGCGAGUUUGCUGCUUCAAUUAGGAGAUGGAGACCCCCAGAACCAUACAAAGGUAAGGGUGUCAAAUAUGCUGAUGAAAUUGUAAGGAGAAAGGAAGGAAAAGCAGGGAAGAAGAAGUAAUGGGGGUUUCAAUUUUCCCUUUUUAUUUAUAUCCUGUUGUUUAUCCUCAUUUGUUAGUAAUGGAAAUAUUAAAUAUACCAAGUAAAAGAAAUUCGUAUUGAUUAAGAUAAGCUAGAAUCACUUUUGCUUAUGACAUUUAAAUCAUAGCAAAAGCUGUCAUUACAGUGAGCAUGAUAAUAACUGUUGAUGGAUAAGCUGUCAUAUGUAUGUUAAAA